UUGGAUUAGAUCGCGCGGUACUGUGCAUCGCUCACAGGGUUUGUUCGUUCGUGCGUCAGACGCCGUUCGCCCGAUCUGGGCGUGGCUGAUGUGAAGUAGUACUACUUAGCAGUGAUCGCUAUGCAUUACUGGGUUGGACCUAGUUCAUCUGCCCGUCGAUUGUUUUGCCUGCCGUGAUGACUCCCUAGGACGGUAUAUGAGCGACGGGCCUGCCCGCCGCGUGAUUAUACCCAAUCUGAGACUAAUAUCUGAGCAAGCGCACGCUUCACUGUUUCUUUGUUCGCAUGCAUUGAAAUGUGUAGCAUACACUCCGCUUGUAUCAUCUUGUGUUGGCUUGAUUUGUUUGCUGUGAUGAAUCAAAAGGACGGUAUCUGAGCAAGGUGGCUCUUGAAAAAGGGCCACCUUCCUUGAUUACACACCCUAAACUGAUCAUAAAUUCUGAGCAAACGCACUCCCAUGGUUCCCAUCACUGCGUUUUGUUUCUCUUCUUUUGCAUUGAAAUGUUAAACAUAUGCUUAGAUGACAUCUUGUGUCAACUUAAUUGUUUGCUGUGAAGAAUAACAAGGACGGUAUCUGAGUAAGCUGGCUCUUGAAAAAGGCCUCCUUCCUUGAUAUUCACCCUAAACUGAUCAUAUAAUCUGAGCAAACAUAUUCAAAUCUGAAUUCAACAUUGGAUUCAGUGGGUUGCUUUACAACGUCUUUUGUUUCUUUUGUCGUGCUACCUUUCUUGUUUGAAAUGUAAACCAUCUAGUUCCCUGGGUUCAUGGGGGGUUGCAUAAGUGUGACUAGCUUUUUUUUUUUUUUUGCUGUGAUGAACCACAAGGACGGUAUCUGAGUAAGGUGGCUGUUGAAAAGGCUCUCCUUCCUUGAUUAUACAUCCUAAACUGAUCUAAAUUUCUGAGCAAACAACCUUCCAUGUUUCUUUUUUGUUUUCUUGCAUUGUAAUGUAAACCAUGUACUUUGCUGGGUUCACUGGUAGCAUGAGUAUGACUAGUUUUCAUAGCUAUUGUGUGCUCCUUGCAUGUUUGCUGUGAUGAAUCACAAGGACGGUAUCUGAGUAAGGUGGCUCUUGAAAAAGGCCCUCCUUCCUUGAUUAUACACCCUAAACUGAUCUUAAUUUCUGAGCAAACACACUUCCAUGAUACCUUUUUGUUCUCUUGCAUUUGAAAUGUAAACCAUGUGCUUUGCCGGGUUCACUGGUAGCAUGAGGGUGGCUAGUGUUCAUAGCUAUUGUGUGCUUGCAUGUUUGCUAUGAUGAAUCGCAAGGACGGUAUCUGAGUAAGUUGGCUCUUGCAAAAGGCCACCUUCCUUGAUUAUACACCCUAAACUGAUCUUAAUUUCUGAGCAAACACCCUUCCAUGUUUCUUUUUGUUCUCUUGCAUGGAAAUGUAAACCAUGUACUUUGCUCGGUUUACUGGUAGCAGGAGUAUGACUAGUUUUCAUAGACUAUUGUGUGCUUGCAUGUUUGCUAUGAUGAAUUGCAAGGACGGUAUCUGAGUAAGUUGGCUCUUGAAAAAGGCCACCUUCCUUGAUUACGCAUCCUAAACUGAUCAUAUAUUCUGAGCAAGCAUCUGAAAACAUGAAUCGAAGAGUGAUCCACAAUGACUAAAGUGUGUCACUUUACAAUACCUUUUCUUCUUUUGAAGCGCAUCUUUUCCUGCUUGAAAUGUAAAUCCAUGUAGUUUGCUAUGUUCAUGGGUUGUGUAACCUUCGUUUGCUUAUUUGUUUGCUGUGACGAAUCACAAGGACGGUAUCUGAGUAAGGGUGGCUCUUGAAAAAGUCCCCCUUCGUUGAUUACCCAUCCUAAACUGAUCAUAUGUUCUGAGCGAACAUGCGCAAACCUGAAUUCAAUGGCAAUCCACAUGCUCUUCUUGCAUUUUGACCAGAAUUACAUGAUUUUUUGAUGUUUCACAUAUUAAUAAUAGCUCACCUUGCCCCCAUUUCGUGUUUGCUUUGUCAUCCUUACAAUUUUUUGGCUCUUUAAUGAGUGAUUAAGCAUCCUAAACUGAUAAAAUAUUCAGAGCAAAGUGCUGUAAUUGAAUUAUAGAAGAACUAAUAUAUUUCUUUUUUGCUUGUUUGCUGUAAUAUAAAACUGAUCACAAGGACGGUAUCUGAGAAAGGUGUCUCCUAAAAAGUGCUCCUUCAUUGAUUGUACAUUCUGAACUGAUCAAAUUUCUGAGCAAAUGGAGUUCAGACCACAACAGCCUUUUGUCAUUUGCACAUGUGUCAGCUUAAAGAGCAAUAUAUUCUGCUUGUUAGUAGUGCCAUUAGGGUACCUGGUUUGUUUCCUAGUUUCUGUGCUAAUUUGCUGUGAUGAGAUCAAAGGACGGUAUCUGAGAAAGGUGUACUUUAUAAAGUCCUCUUUCCUUGAUUAUACCUCCAAAACUGAUCAAAUUUUCUGAGCAACGAUGUGCAUAAACAAUUAUUGAAAGUAAUAUUUUGUUACUUGAAAAACAAGGGAUCCAUUGUAUUCACCGUUUUAGUGUUGUGCUGUCCACCCAUUUAAGAAUCACUAUUACAGAAGUUAACAGAUAAUUCCUUUUAGUUUCCUUUCAUUUCUGCUUGUUUGCUGUGAUGAGAUCACAAGGACGGUAUCUGAGAAAGGUGGCUCUUUAAGAAGUUACCCUACCUGAUUAUAAAUCCUAAACUGAUCAAAUUUUCUGAGCAAAUGUGCCUAUUAAGAAUGAAACAAUGAUUAUAAUAGUUUUGAUAACAAGGUUUGUCAGUAUCACUAUAUUAUCAUAAAUACUUGUUGGCUGUUCCUCUUUAUGUUAGUAGUGCCAUCAGAAAAUUGUGUGUUUCUGGACAAGCGCACCACCUCUUGAUUUCUGUGUUCCUUGAUUGAGUUGAAUUCCACCAAAUGGGUUUUAGGCACAUUUGCUUUUGCAAUUUCAGAUAUCAAAUUUGACUUGAAUGAUUUUCUCUACAUAAGGUUAUGUUUUAUGGCUUCAAUUCGAACAGCUGUCCCUUUCUCACCUACUUUAUUCUGUGUUACUAGGAUGAACCAUCACCUUCAAAGUAGUGAUUACCAGAAGCUCUUCUGUAGGAGGAUGGAUUCUGCUGAGCUCCAGACUCCCCUUCUACAUGGUCUUCCAGAUGAAAUCGCUCUUCUUUGCCUGGCAAGGGUUCCUCGGCAGUAUCACAAUGCUCUCAGAUGUGUCUCGAGGGGAUGGAAGGCAUUGUUAUGUAGUGAAGAGUGGCACUCUUACCGCAUGAGGAACAACUUGGAUGAGUCCUGGAUAUAUGUGAUCUGUAGGGGUACAGGCUUCAAAUGCUAUGUUCUUGUUCCUGACCCUAUGACCCGGUGCUUGAAAGUCAUCCAAGUCAUGGAACCUCCAUGCUCAGGGCGGGAAGGCGUUUCCAUAGAGACCUUGGACAGGAGGUUAUUUCUCAUGGGUGGUUGUAGUUGGCUAAAGGAUGCUACUGAUGAAGUGUAUUGUUACGAUGCUGCUUCAAAUCACUGGAGCAAAGCAGCACCAAUGCCUACUGCUAGGUGCUUCUUUGUAUCUGCAGCUCUGAACGACAAGAUUUAUGUUACUGGAGGACUCGGACUGACCGACAAGUCACCUAAUUCUUGGGACAUCUAUGACAAAGCCACAGACUCCUGGUUCUCGCACAAGAACCCGAUGCUCACUCCUGACAUUGUCAAAUUCGUGGCGUUGGAUGAUGAGCUGGUGACCAUCCAUAAGGCGUCCUGGAACAGGAUGUACUUUGCGGGAAUAUAUGACCCGGUCGACCAGUCCUGGAGGGGCAAGGAGAAUGAGAUUGCCCUGUGCUGGUCUGGGCCGACGGUCGUCGUUGAUGGGACGCUCUACAUGCUCGACCAGUCCCUCGGCACGAAGCUGAUGAUGUGGCUGAACGAGACCAAGGAGUGGGUAAUGGUCGGCAGGCUGUCGGACAAGCUCACGCGCCCGCCCUGCGAGCUUGUGGCCAUCGGCAGGAAGAUCUAUGUGAUCGGCAAGGGGCUGAGCACGGUGACCAUCGACAUGGACAUGGCGGCCAGGGUGGACGGGUUCCUGGUCUCCUCGUCAACCGGGCCGCUGAUGGAGCACGACUUCUCGCCGGAGAAGUGCAGUGUCAUCACCAUCUGAAGACGGCCAUUCGCUGGGUUGCCUGUGCCGUGAACUGAAAUAACAGUGGACGUUUGGUCUUUUUCUUGUGGCUGUAUAUCGACUUCUGUAUUUUGGUGGGAUGGCUGUACAUUGAUUGACUUUUGACUGUAAACAUGCGGGAAGAAAAGUUGAGUUGUAUGUUUGUAUUUGUUGAAUAUGAAUAAAUUCUGAUCGUAACAGGUUUUUGCUC